GCCCGUCGCGACAUGGCCUAACCCUAAACCCCGCCGGACCGACCCACCCUUCCUUCCUCGCCGACAUGGCCGACGCCACCGACCAGCCUCCCUACGGCGACGAGAACCGGUCCGAAGGCGGCUCCCGGCGCGUCGACACGCCGUACCCGGCGGAGGGCCUCAACCUCCCCUCGCUUCGCGAGCUCUACGACCUGCCGACCUCGCCGGAGCUCCUCUUCGACCGGGAGCGCCGCGAGGGCCGCACCUGGGGAGAGAACCUCAGCCUCUACGCGGGCUCCGGCUACCUCGCCGGCUGCGCGUCGGGCGCGGCCGUGGGCCUCCGCCGCGCCGCGGCGCAGUCCGAGCGCGGCGAGACCGCCAGGCUCCGCGCCAGCCGCGCGCUCACCCAGUGCGGUGCCGUGGGACGCGCGUACGGGAGGCGGCUCGGCAUCAUCGGGCUGCUCUUCGCGGGGGUCGAGAGCGCAGCGGCCGGGCUCCGCGGCGAGGACGACUGGAAGAACACCAUCGCCGCGGGCCUGGGGGCUGGCCUGCUCUAUCGUUCCGGGGCCGGGCCGCGGUCUGCGGUCUUCGGUUGCGUCGUCGGGGGACUGAUGGCCGGCGCAGCAGUCGUGGGGAAUCAAGCUCUCCAGAGAUACGUGCCUGAUCUGAAGUUAUAAACAGAAAUCCCUGACGUACUAAUAAGUUUCAACCUACCGGGUUGAGUUCGGCAGUAGUAAUUAGGCUAGUUAAGGUAUUAUGCACAUGACAUUUGUACAAAUUUCCAAGCUUUGCUGAUGACUACAUUCCUAGGGUGCAAUCUCUGUCCUGAAUUCAAUAAUGGUGGGUUCGUACUAGGAAUGGUUUUGAAGAUUCAAGUAAUCAAGUUGAAUGCU